UUUAUCAAUGACAGAUUAGUGAUAGCAUAUGCUAGAGAGAAUUUUAAAAUGUUACCUCCUUGUGAAAAUACAUUUUGCCUAAGUAGACAAGGUUAUCUUUGUGCUUCCCUCUGUGAGGAAGGUCACCUCUGACGAGAGUAUCCCCCAAAUACCCCUCCUGGCUGGUAAGGCCCUCUCUGAGCUGUAUAUAAGAGCCCGCUGAAGCUGUCUUCCCCGCAAAAGAUAGAGGCUGACCUCUCCAUAGCCUUUUACUCUCAUCAUGGUGAAGGAAGCAGACAUUCUCGAUUCUGUUUUCACUGGGCCAGUCAGAAUUUGUAAAGUUUUGAUUUUAUCGGCUGGUAGAUUGGAAGGGAAGGAACACACCGGCUUCAAACUCCUAAAGCGGUGUCAUUGUGAUGAUAGCAGGAAACGCAAACAUAGACUUCCUCAGGAAAGGCCUGUGGAAGAUGGGAUCAGUUCAUCUGAUAUAGAGGAGCCUAUGAAGAAAGAACCAGAUCUCGACAACGAUGAAACGCAGAGCCUUCCCUCAUGUCAGUCUGAUGACCUCGUUGUGGACCUCUCUGCGCUCGAUACUGCUCAAUCUGAUGACUCUGUUGAGGUCACUGCCGCAGCAGGUGCUGAACAAACUGGCGACCUUGAAGCGCACCCUGACAGUCAGUCGGAGAAGGAAGGGAAAACCCCCGACGUGAGAGUAAAGCCAGCAGAAGGGGUAAAGACGGCAGAUGGAGUAAAGGCAGAUGAUGAUGUACCUGAAAAGGAAAUCAUUUUCGAGCGGGAGGUUAUCAAUCUUACAGAAAGUGAACAGGAGGAGCGCAGUCAUUCAGUCUAACCAGUAAAACUCGCACAGUUUCGCCCCUUUGCUCGCGCUAAAAAACUUUGCACAGCUUUUUUGCCCUUUUGUAUGUGAAUUAAUAAAAAUAUUGACAAACUCUGAUUUUUAUUUACAUAUAACUAUAUAUUACUAUCUUCUCUAGUCUAAACAUAUAUAUAUAUAUA